AUGAUUUCAUCGAACAUGCGAUUCUUCGUGUACAUCUUGGCAAUUUACACGCUGUGCGGUUUGUCAUCGGCGGACAGACUAGAAAACUACGUAGAAGUGUACGGUAUAGAUGUGAACGCAUUGUCACGUAUGGAAGUGAAGCCACCUCAAGAUCCAGCGAUACAUUCUUUCCCAACGGAAUCAGCAGCUCCUGUUGUGCCCGUCUGCAUCCACGAAGGAUAUUACCGGGAUCCGUUUAAUUGUAGAAAAUUUUACAUUUGUCAAGGCGCUGGUGCCAUACCCGCGGGCUUCUACUGUCAAGCUGGUCUCAUAUUUAACACGAUUAACAACUCCUGCGAAUAUUCCGAGCAAGUGGAGUGCUGA